AACAUGCUGGAAACAAUUAGGAGGCAGGCUAUGAUGCGUAUUUCUCGCAGAUAUAAGAAAGCAAUUGGGUGCAUAUUUCCUUUCCCUAAGAAGAUUGCAGAUUUAGUGGAAGUAAAUAGAGAAGAGAGCCGAGAUUGUUAUGUUCUUACAAGUUCAGAUAACUUGUUUGAAGUGCUUCUACACGGUUGUGGCUAUGAGGUUAGUCUUCGGCUGCGUCAUUGUGUUUGUAGGGGAUGGGACCUAACUGACAUUCCUUGCUCACACGAAAUCAAAGUUAUCAACGAAAACCACCAAAAACCAGAAAACCAUGUCGAUCAUUAUUACAAGACUGAAGUUUGGAUAGAAAACUUUAGGAACAAACAUCAAACCAGUUAAUGGAGAAAAAUUUUGGGAAACAACUGGUAAACCACCAAUUGGAGUUCCAGGUUUUAGAAAAAUGCCACGAAGACCUAAGAAAAACAGGAUAAAGGCAGCACAUGAGUGUCCUUCCAAUCCAAAAAGAGUGACUAGAGAUGGCAGGAUAGUAACAUGUGGUAAUUGUAAGAAGGUAGGACAUAAUCACACCAAUUGCAAAAAUGAAGCUUUUGUUAAACAAGGUCCAUCACGCAAACGUGGAAGGCCUCGUAAGAUACUUGAUGAUGGAGACAUCAACCCAUAUCGACCAAGAAAGCGCAUUACUAGUCAAUCACAACCUUCCAUUCCACCACCUACGCCUAAUCAAUCUCAAUCUUCCGUUGUAUCGGUUUCAUGUACUGCUCCUCCACCUUUUGUUGCAAUGUCGCCAUCUAGUGUAUCUUCUGGACGUGGUCGUGGCCGUCGUGGAUGCCCUCCUGGACGUGGUCGUGGCCGUCGUGGACGCCCUCCUGGAAGAGGACAAGCUCGUAAGAAGGUGACAGUGCCAAGAGGUCAAGGCGUGUAUAUGUGUCCUUUUAGUGAUCGUGUAUUUGAAUGUUGGGGACCUAAGUCAAAAGAGAUAGGAGGUGGCUCUCAACCCAAGUAGUGUUUUAUUAUUUUGUUCUUAAACGUAGUAUCAAUGAUUUUGUUGUGAUGGUUUCUAAACUCCCCAAAUAUUGUUUUUGUUUGAUUUUCAAUUUCAAACUCAUAUUAUUUUUUAUUAUAAAUGA